GGUUGCCCCGCGUCCGUCCGCAGGAAGAACCAAAACUACAAAAGGCACCGAGCAAAGCAGGCAGCGCCGCGCAGCAAGAUUCCUCGCCUCCUCGAGGUUGGGCCUUUCUCUUCUAGCCGUCACCGUCUGGUACCAGCGGGGGCGGGCGGGCCGACUGACGGGCGAGGGAGAUGGGCGAUUAUGCCGGCGGCGGCGGCGGUGGCGGGGCGGCCGCUGAGCCGCUGCUGAAGAGGGCGCGGUACCGACCCAACUGCCCCGGGUGCAGGGUGGACAGGAGGAAGGAGGAGAGGGAGGGGCUCCCCGUCACGGAGCUCUGCUGCAUGUGGCUCGUCACCAUCUGCUCCUCGUUGCCUAUACAGUACGUGUUUCCCUUCUUGUAUUUUAUGAUAAGAGACCUGAACAUUGCUAAAGAAGAAGAAGAUAUUGGAUUUUAUGCUGGUUUUGUUGGUGCUUCAUAUAUGCUUGGGAGAGCACUCACCUCUGUAAUGUGGGGAGUUGUGGCUGAUAAAUAUGGGAGGAAACCAGUUCUUGUAACUACCCUUUUUUCAGUAAUUAUCUUCAAUACACUCUUUGGACUCAGCUCUAGUUACUGGAUGGCAUUAACCACAAGAGGUCUGCUUGGGCUGUUGUCUGGUAUGCUCGGACCAAUGAAGGCUUAUGCUUCAGAAGUAUGUCGGAAAGAACACAGUCACCUGGCAUUAUCACUCAUGUCCUCCUCACGUGGCAUAGGUCUUAUUGUUGGACCAGCCAUUGGUGGUUAUCUUGCACAGCCUGCAGAUAAAUAUCCAGGCAUAUUCUCUGUCAACUCCAUAUUUGGAAGGUUUCUGUACUUUCUCCCUUGUCUUUGUAUAUCACUCCUUGCCAUUGCCGCUGUAAUUGCUUGCUUCUGGCUUCCGGUGAGUUUAUUGAAACUUUUGCAUAAACACACUGAAGACACAAUGUUAAAUAGUUCGACUGAAGCUGUUGAAGAACCUUGUUCUGAUUUAAAUGCUGAACAAAGUGGUAGUGGCUGUCUCAGUUUAUUCACAAACUGGCCAUUGAUGUCCACUAUCACUGUAUACUGCAUUUUCUCUCUCCAGGACAUGGCUUAUGCAGAGGUAUUUUCGCUUUGGGCUGUCAGUGACAGAAAAUAUGGUGGACUAAGCUUUUCUUCUCAAGAUGUGGGUAGCGUCCUUUCAAUCUCAGGUCUCUUACUCCUAAUAUAUCAAAUUUUGAUCUAUCCAUUGGUUGCAAACUCUAUAGACCCCAUCACAUUAGUCCGUGCAAUUGCGCUAUUGACAAUACCACUUCUUUCGAGCUAUCCAUUCAUGCCUGCAUUAUCAGGGUCCAUUCUUCAGUUGGCACUAAAUUGUGCAUCUUUUCUGAAGAACUCUUUCUCAGUAACUACCAUGACUGUGUUCAACAUUUUAAUGAAUGAUGCUGUGAGUCAGGACCUAAGAGCCUCAGCCAAUGGCCUUUCUGUAACACUAAUGUCCAUCUUUAAAACUAUCGCUCCAGCUGUUGCAGGAGUUAUAUUCUCAUGGGCUCAGAGGCGUCAAACAGCUCCAUUUCUUCCAGGCGACCACUUGGUGUUCUUUAUGCUGAAUGUGUUCACGGUUAUCGGUCUUAUGCUCACCUUCAGACCGUUCUACGCUAGAAAUGGCACGUCGAAUCAUUAAUGUAGUGACACCAUACAUUAGGACCUGGACAAGGGCCAAGAUCUAACAGUUUGGCUCUUCGCUAUUUUAGUGACACGAUCUUCCAUAUUACGGGUUCUUUCUUGAAGUGCCUGCACUUCAUUAGUUAAUCCAACAAUUUUCGUGGUCAGUUGACCAAGUAGGUUAUCAUGAGACUUUAAGAUAUUGGUAAAGGUUUUGCUCUACUCGGUUUGAGCAGUCAUAAAAGCGUCGAGGGUUUCUUCAACUGAAGGUCUAUUACCUGUGCUUGUCCUAUAAUUAUUUGAUGCUUCUUGGUUGGUUGGUUAUGGUGGUUUAGGAUAAUUAUUAGAAGCAUAAUUUUGGUUCCUCAAAUUGUGGUUGUAAUUAUUAUGAGCUAUGAGGAUAACAUUUACCUCUUCUUUACCUUUGAUCAUGCCAAUCAGUUCAUCGAUUUUUUGGCGGUUAGUGCUUCAUUCUCCUCUUCAGAGAUGGAGUUCACCUUCUUCGUGGUAGACC